UUACAGAACAGCUGCAGUAUCAGAGGCGCAGAGCCUUAAUUAACGGGCUACACAAAAUGGCUGACAACCACCAGAGCGUGAAAUGGGAGGAUCCCCCGGAUGACCAAAAUAAGGUUGUGAUGAAUAUGAAGGAUGAAACAGAGACACAUGAGGCCAACAAGAACAGGACAGGAGGCAAGGCUAAACGUAAGUCCAGUGGCCGUGCCAAGAAGACUUCCGUGGAGGAGGACAGCAGCAUUGGUGCAGAGUCUUCUCAGACACCCGGGUGUGGUUUCCGGGAAAGGGGAUCUAUCAUUGAGCAGCUGGAGAAGGAGGCUCAGAGGACUCUAAUGCCUUCUCUCAAGAUUGAGACAUGCUGUGCCCCAAUCCUCCUCUCCUUCCUGAGGAGUCUAACUGAUGACCAAUGGAGAGUGAUUCAGCAUGGCAUGAAAAAUAACCUCACAUUCGAGCAGCUCUCCAUGCUGUGUCUGAAGAUUGUUAAAGUCGUGACCCAGACAGCCCUCCGCAUUCUCCUACCAGCGCUAGCUCGUAUCAUGGGGGUGAACCUGAGGAGUGGGGCAACCUCCCCAGAAUCCCAGUGCUCUCUGACAGGGUCUGAGGAUUCCUUCGGCAGUCUGGAUGAGAGAGAGAAAAGGCUGCUGAUCAGUGAGAUGAACUACUGGACUAAGGAGAGGAGGAGGAAUGGCAGUGCAGGGUGCCGCCAAAAAUCCACUCGCAGAACCUCAUCACCAUGCUGUUCGCCUAAGAGGUCCCAGACCUCAUUGCAGAGCUUGCCUGCAACUAGAGAGGCUCCCCUCAUGGAGGAGCCUCUGAAGGCUCUUUUUUUGGGGCCAGCUCGGGGAGUUUCCCCCCCUAUGGACAGUCAGGACAUAGCAGCAGGCAAGGAGGUCAUUCGGGUAGCCUCGGUGCAGAUCCUGGCCGAGCUACAGAGCCAAACGUCUGAGCCAGAGUGGGUAGGGUUUAUCGAGCCCCUCAUGGACUCUGUGACCGAUGAUGUGCUGGAUGCCAUUGUCGGCACAAUGGACAAAAUGGCACAGGACUUCAACAUCCUAUUGGAUCUGGCCAAGAAGAUGACAAUCUUGGGGUCAAAAUGUCUGACCAAUCUUCAAUGUGACCUUGAUGUUGAGUGUCCAUCUGGGAAAGAAGGGACCACUCACUUUCUCAAAGAGACUGGAUCCUCUACCAGUGUGGUGGCCAGAAAGAUUCAGACCCUCUCUAGCCCCAACUUUCAGUCUAAAGCCCUGAAGGCGCCCGCACACUCUACGGCCGUAUACGAGCAAAGCUGA